UCUCACCCCUCCCCCCCUCACACCCGCCUCCUCAACCAACUCUAAAAUUAUACAACAACCACCCCACCGCCACAACCAUCAACAACAACAACAACUAAGUUGUUGAUUUUUCAUCCCCCACCCCAUCUCCAUUCGGCUCUCUCCACCCAAACAACCGCAAGUUUGUAUUCCCCAGUCCGUUGUGGGGAGGGGUGGUGGUGGUGCAGGGGAUAAUUACAUCCAUCGUGGGCCGGCACUUUUCGACGCGGGCCGCGUUGUUGUUGUUGGUGGUGGAGGAGGAGGAGAGAGGAAGAGGAGGAGGGGAGGAGGAAGAGGAGGGGAGGAGAGAGAGCGAGAGAGGGAGGGAGGAGGAGGAGGCUCCACCGCGCGGAACCGGCGGCUCAUGGCGGCAGAGGCCGAGGCGGCGCGGCCAGCAACGUGGAGGCGACACGGCCACUCGGCGCCCUCUGCGUCGCCUGCCACCACCACCGCCGCCUUCAGGCUCGAAUGAACCAUGCAAGGGAGUCCAUCGGAGACCAUGCCAGACAAGAUAACACCCAGUACGGAAGCUCCAGUCAGUUUGGAUGCAACAACUCUGCCGGAGGAGUCCGUCACAUUUAUCACGGAGGCCUCCUGCCCCCCCUCUCUGCAGCUAGAUAUGCCAUCCGUGGAGGCGAGCCUCAUUCUUGAGGAGCCAGAUAACCUGACGGGAAUGCUGAGUGAUCAUUCUGAAAGGCCUACGAGCUCGCUGGAGGGGUCAAGUAGUCCAUCCGAGGAAGCAUCUAGUCCAGUUGAAGCAGAAAAGGGCAGCAAUGCGUCGGAAGGCAGUGAUGAUGAUGACUCUACUGCAGACAAGACUGGGGACAAGGGGACUCAUCCCAGAAUCCCCAGCGGCGCAAGUUAAUGAGAGUGGGAAAUCGAAGAAGAAAAAGAAAAAACGAUCCAAGGCUCCUCGUUUCACAAAACAGCAAGUGGAGGAAGGUGCCACUCCUGACUGUUGUGGGGUUGCAAACGUGGCUUCUGCGGAGGCACCGAGUGCCCACCCCACCCUGCUUGCACCAGGGGGUGCAGAUAGCCCCCUUGUCAAAGCGUUGCAGGUCACCACCAACCCCCUAGCUUCCAACCUCACUCCGGCUGUCAAUGGCCCAACAGAAACCACAUCCAAGAAGAAAAAGAAAUCCAAGGCCAAGCCACGUGGACCAGUUGUCGAGAAGCCCCCAGAGGGAGCAGGACAUAUGCCGCAGGUCGUACCCAUGCAGGAUGCAACUCAGAAGGGGAAACCUCAGGCACCAGAGGGCAGCAAAGAGUCGACCAAGAAGAAAAGCAAGAGCAAGAACAAAGCAGGAAGAGCACCGGAUCCUGGGAAUCCUGAAACCUCUGGAACCCCCUGUCCCUCCACCAACAUCAAUGUGCCUUCUGGACUCCUCCCUUGUCCUGGACUGAUCCCUAAAGCCAAACUGGUUAAAGAACCUGUUCUGGAGCUGAAGGAUUCUACAGGAGUUGAUGUGGCAGAGUUUCUGACCGACAUCUUAAAGAAUAACCCCAGAGACAGAAUGUUUCUGCUGAAGAUGGAGCAAGAUAUUUUGGAGUUCAUAAAAGACAGCAAUGCGAAUAUACACUCGCUGUCCCCAAUGACAUCGUAUCACCGGCUGUUGGCGCACCGUGUAGCCACACACUUUGGCUUGGAGCAUGCGGUUCUUGGACCCAAGGGCACCACUUUGAUGCUUCACAAGACUGCGAAUACUCGCAUUCCCCUACAGCGAUUCAAAGAGCACUUUGCAGUGGAGGAGAGCAGCCCCACCCCUCGCAAGCUCAUCCUCAAGCGCGAGAGCCCGCCAGCCAGCUCGCAGCAGUCUCACGGUCCAGCCAUGGCACUGGACCGACGCUCCAAAUCGCUGGAGGAGCGCGAAGAAGAAUAUCGGCUCGCUAGGGAGCGCAUCUUCAACCAGUCGCCCAUGCAGAGUGAGCCCAGCAAGCCCAACGGGAACGGCAAGGGAGAGAAGAGCGGUGAGCGCAGCGCUCCACCGGGGAAGGUGGGGGGGCUGGGCGUGCGGCGAAUGCACAGCGCCGAUGCAGAGCAGGGAAGUUGUUGGCACCCGUCACGCGCAGGCGUGUCCGUGCUGCGGAGAGCUGAGAGCGCCGGUGAGGGCGGAGGGAGCGCCACACACGCCACCUCCGCUGCAGCGCAGAUGAAUGUUGCCGAGGCGGCCGCGCAUUUUGGUGAAAGUCGGUGCUCCACGUUGGUCAACUGCCAGUCCCCGAUGCCCCGGGGACCUGCACUUCCACAGGAUGGGGGCCAGAUGGUUCACAUGCGCGGGGGGGAUCCCAGGUUUUCAGGACAGACCCAGGCCAGUGCAGGUGUGUGCUACCCUGCCGGCCCACCUUCUCAACAGGCUCUCCUCAACCACUGGGCCUUGCAGAGGUCGCCCUUCCUGCCUGCCGGGGGCGUGCCGUCGCCCGGCCACACCGAGCUCCCGUGCGGCCAGAGUCCACAGCACGGCCCUCCGUCGUGGGGGCGUAACAACAACAACAACCACAACCACCAGGCUCCUGGGGCCCCUAGGAGCACGCAGAUGCAUGGGGGGCAUGCGGGCCAUGGCAACCGUGGCCAUACAUCUAGUGGCAACCGAGCUCUCCAACAACAGCAGAGCCAGUCAUUCAGGGAUGUGGAUGGUACCCAGGGCUUGCGUGAGCAACAGUACAUGGGGCUCCAACACACUCCUACAAGCAGCUCCAGCGCCACCAUGCCCCAUCAGCAUCACAACCAACAGUGGAGAGGCCCCCAGCCAAACCCAUACCAAGCCAUGUGCAACACAGCGGUGCCCUUAGGAUCCAUGGGAGCGCAGUGCUCGCACAAGCAGUUUGCCUCAUCGGUGGCCCAGGCCUGGCAGCCAGAUGUCCAGACGGCACACGGAUCAUCGUCCACUGGGCAGAGCAUGCCCAUGAAUCUGAGGACGCCUGAUCUCAGGGAGGGGACCAACGGUCCAGGGACUCAGCACCACUACGGUUUGACUGGCCCUGUCCGGAACUCGGCGCACUGCAAAGCAGAACUCCCAGAAUGUGCCCAGGGGGCAGAUACAGUAUCGUCAUUGGCCCCCAGGACACAUGGACCACUACUCCACACAGAGUGUGCAGGGCCAAUACCCAAUGCACCCAGGCCCUGGGCCACCAGGGAAUUAUUCAUCCCAAAACGCCCGUGGCCACUAUUCGACUCAGGGGCCCCUUGGUCACGUUGGGCAUUAUCCCAGCCAAGGGGGGAGGGUGGCAGGUCCCGGUGGGCAUGGCCUGCAGCACGUGAUGCCCAAUGGAACGUCUCUGAUGCCACCUUCCCACCACGAGGGCGUCAGCUUCCACGCGCACACUCUAUCAGGAAUGCUGGGUCCAGGUGGAUGUCCCAUUGCAGGGGAGGCAGAGGGAGCCAUGCAUCAGCUCAACAUCUCCCCACCGGCGUCUGCGGAGAGGGGAAGCAGACGAGGAGGUGGCAGCUCCGGCUGGGAGAUGUCCUUGAUGUACAGUGCAGAUAAAGGCUCAUCCCAGUUGCCCGGCGGGUCCCAGCUGCAGGAGACAUGCGCGCCCACACAGCACGCACGGACCGACGGCCCGCCCGCACGGCCGCCCCCGGCCUGGUACCCGCAGCAGUACAGCAGUGCCGCUCUGCACUCGGGUCACGGUAACACAGGCCUUGACCACCGGCUGGCUGUGGGCGUUGCG